CAUGUGUUCAUAGAAACAACAAAACAGUGGGGUGCCAAAAAUUAUAUAUAUCCAGGAAAUCAUCUCCACUUUUCAGAAAGACAACACCCACCACUGCAUUUUGCUCGUGCAUUUCCGUUUCACUAAUCAUAUCCUUCCUUUUUCUCUCAACAUCUUAAUCUUUAAAUGCAUCCCCAAGUUACUACUUGCUACUCUUAGAUCUUUACAGUAAGCUGCUAGUUUGCUGCUGGGUUUUGAGAGAUGGAUGCGAUGAACAAGAAUAAGCAGUUGUUACUAAUCUUGAUGCUAUCUGUUUUAACUACAAUGGUAGCAUCAUACAAUGUUCCUGCAGUAUUUUCAUUUGGAGACUCCAUCUUCGAUGCCGGAAACAAUCGUUUCAAAAAGGACUGCACCAUUCAAGCAAAUUUUACACCUUACGGUCAAAAUUACUUCCAUCACCCUACUGGAAGGUUUACCAACGGUCGAACCGUCCCUGACUUCUUCUGCCAAUUUCUAGGAAUUGAUCUGCAAAAACCGUUUCUCCAGGCUGCCAUGGAGGUAAACAACAAUAAGAGCCAGGGUUACCCAUCGAACGGCAUCAACUUCGCCAGUGCAGGUAGUGGUGUUAUUAAUGCAACAAACGCCGACGAGGGAGUGAUGCCGAUCCACCAACAGCUCGACCAAUUCAAACUCCUGAUGAGUCAAAACAGGAUCGAUAAGAAACUUGUUCAGCAAUCACUUUUCUUAUUCGAGUCGGGUUCAAACGACAUCUUCAAUUUCUUCAUUCCUUUUGAAACUCCGACACUAGAUCCGGAUGCAUUUGUUGAUGCCAUGCUAGCAGAAGUUGGAUACUUGAUCGACCAAAUUUACCAACUCGGUGCUCGUCGGAUAGGAAUCUUUUCACUUGGACCAGUAGGUUGUGUACCAGCAAGGGCUCUUCUUCCUGGCGAACCCGUUACUAAAUGUUUUGGGAAGAUGAAUAAGAUGAUUAAGAAAUAUAACAAGGGACUUGAAACCAUUGUCAUGGGUGUGCCUCUAACGCAUCCUGGAGCUGUUGCUGUCUAUGGUGCUGUUUAUGAUAUCGUUCAGCGGUUUAGGGCAAUUCCACAGCGAUACGGGUUCUCGAAUACGUCAACCGCAUGUUGUGGUGUAGGAGUUCUUAAAGGAAUGGCUCAGUGUGGGAAAGAGGAAUUCAGCGUCUGUGAAAAUCCUAACGAAUACUUGUUUUGGGAUUUCUUUCAUCCAUCUGAGCAUACAUACAAACUUCUGUCCAAAGCAUUAUGGAGUGGUAAACCAUCAAGAAUUAGACCCUUCAAUAUUAAGACUUUAGCUAAUAUGACUGUGGUAAUUCCUCCUUAAUUAGCCAAUCUUACUGUGGUAAUUCCUCCUUAAUUAGCCAAUCUUACUGUUGUAAUUCCUCCUCUCUCUUUUUUUUCUCUCCAAAUACUUGCUCAUAGUGUAAUAUUUAGAUCAAGUUCUUUCCUCUUUCCUCUUUUUUCCUUUUCUUUUUUAAUCUAUAGAAUAGUAU